AUGAGCGGAAGCAGAAUUUUUGAGCCCCAAUCUCCACUUCUAGAGACUGACAAUGAAGCAGUCCAGGUUAAUGUAUAUUACAAGCGCAGUCCAGGUGGAUGGAGAUCAGCAUCUUUCAUGCUGGCUGGAGGAUCUCUGGAGAGGUUUGCCUAUUAUGGAGUAGAAUCUAAUCUGAUUAGCUGUCUUACCGGACCACUUGGAGAAUCCGUGGCAACAGCAGCUGCAAAUGUCAAUACAUGGAUUGGUGUAGUUUCACUUGUACCAGUUUUAGGAGCAUAUUUGGCUGAUUCUUUCCUUGGUCGAUAUCGAUCAAUUAUCAUUGCUUCCAUUCUCUAUAUCUUGUCCAACUUUUCUCAGCAGCUCAAGCUAUCAAGCCAUAACCAAGAAAUCAGGCUUGGCUACGGGAAACCAAGUUUGUUUUUUGUCUCACUUUACGCGACUGCAUUGGCUAAAGGAUAUAAACCUUGUGUUCAAGCUUUCGGAGCUGAUCAAUUCAACGGAAAACAUCAGGAAAAGAGCAAAGCCAAGAGCUCAUUUUUCAAUUGGUGGCUCUGUGGCCUAUGCAUUGGUUCUAUAGCAGCACAUUUGAUCUUGCACUAUAUUCAAGACAACAUUAGUUGGACAAUUGGUUUUGGAAUUCCAUGUCUUGUUAUGAUUCUUGGGCUAAUUCUCUUUUUACUUGGACAUAGAACUUACUUUUUUGAUGUUAAAAGAGGUGAUGAAGAGAGCCCUUAUAGGAGGAUCAAGUGGGGCAUAGCUAAAGAGGGUGAUGCUUUGAUCAAUAGAGCACAGGCAUCAAGCAGUCAAGAAGAGUGCCAAGAAUAUUUGUUGUCGAAAACUUAA